UUAUAUUAAAAAAAUAUAUAUCCGCGAUUUAACACGCUCUCUUAUCAGCUGUCGAAAGUACAGCGCCUAGUAUUUACAAACGUCAACAAAAAUGGCGCUGGUCUAUACGAGACUUCUCUGCCGGCGUAAUGUCGAUUUUCGACAUUUUCGGAGCUUGUACACGUGUAGCCCCCUCAGCUCCACGGUUUCCAAACCGUUACUGUCAAACGCGGCAUACGAAUCCCACGAUGAGAAGAAUAUGCGUCUGAAGAGACCGAUGUCGCCGCAUUUGACCAUCUAUCAAGUUCAGCUAACGACGGUGCUCUCGAUAACACAUCGCACCACCGGCAUGAUACUUGCCAGUUACGCAAUGUUUCUUGGCUUAGGCACAUUGUUUAUACCAGGUGGUAUCCCUUGCGUCAUAGAAAUAGUGGAUAACUUAUGUUUACCUUUGCCGGUACUGUUCGCUAGCAAGGUGUUACUUGGUCUGCCUGCUACUUAUCAUACAUUCAAUGGAAUACGUCAUUUGGCUUGGGAUUUAGGAAUGUUUCUAUCGAUUAAGGAAGUUUAUAGCACUGGAUAUGUGGUAUCUGCAUUGGCGAUAAUUUCUGCACUUGCACUUGCGACGAUGUAAAUGUCGUACAUUUAUCAGGAAAUAAUUCUUUAAAAUUAGUUGUAUCAUCAAUCGUAAUUGUAUUACGAUUAUAUUGUAUUGAAUUAAUGCUUCAAUUACAGAAUGAAAUAAUUUAUUAAAA